AUGGAGUGCUGCAGAGUUAAAAAGUUUCCUUGGCUCUUGCUCAUCUUCUCCGCGUCCACCAACACCAUACCGUUGCAUGCAAAAGAUCUAUUAAAUAAUAACAGCAGCAGCAGCAGCAGCAGCAGCAGCAGCAGCAGCAGCAGCAGCAGUAGUAGUAGUAGUAGUAGGGAUAGAUGUUGGAGGAGGAGGGGGAGGAGUAAGGGGAGAGAUGCAACAGAAGCAGAAGCAGCAGCAGCAGCAGCAGCAGCAGCAGCAACAGCAGCAGCAGCAGCAGCAGCAACAGCAGCAACAGCAGCAGGUACAGUAACAGUAGAAGAAGCAACAACACUAACAGCAGAAGCACCAGCAACAGCAGCAGCACCACCACCACCAGCAACAACAGCAGCACCAGCAGCAGCAGCAGCACCACCACCACCACCAGCAACAACAACAGCAGCACCACCAGCACCAGCACCAGCACCACCAGCAGCACCAGCAGCAUCAGCAGCAGCACCAGCAGCAGCAUCAGCAGCAGCAGCAGCACCACCACCACCACCACCAGCAGCACCAGCAGCAUCAGCAACAGCACCACCACCACCACCACCAGCACCAGCAGCAUCAGCAGCAGCACCAGCAUCAGCAUCAGCAUCAGCAGCAGCACCAGCAGCAGCAGCAGCAGGAGCAGCACAUACCUCGGCCACAUUUCUGGUUUAUUUUUCCACACAGCUGCAUGCGUAUACAAACAAAAAGUUAAAUGAUUAA